AUGCAAUGGGAUAAAGUUAAAAUGCAUACUAAUAUUCUGCAUGCGGAGGGAACUUCAUCUGCUGCUCCUGUUAAUGCUCUGGACGCUUUUCUUUGGAGGCUUGCCGUUCAACCUGAAACAAUACGGAACGGCUAUAAAAAGUUGAAUUUCAAAGUGAAAACAGUGCUUGCGCUUUUUAGCUGUCAAACUUUAGUUGCAUCAAUGGGCAUAUCACGGUGCACGAUAAAGUCAACAAUGUGUCAGCUGUACGCCGUAACAGAGUUUCGCUGCCGCGCGACCACCACCAGUCGCGCGCGGGCUGAGUAUACCGCGAGGAAGCCCACCCCUACGCGGAUUCGAACCGGUGACCUUAUAGUUGCAAACACAAACGUGCAGACCAAUCGGCCACCGGCCGACGUAUCGGUAUUUGCUAUUGACCGGGGUUACAAAAAACGUGUGGCAUCCUCGGCGUUGCGCGGUAGCGCCGCUUGUCUUCACCUCGCGGCCCGUCCA